UUGGGAAGUCUCAGGGGCUCGCUAAGGUGGCAAAUCUUGGGCCCAGGAAAAAAUCUCCUCGAGAGAGCUGGCUGGAAACUGGAACUUUUGGACUUGAGCUCUCUCCGCCUCCUGUAAACCAGCUCUGUAGGUGCAGGUCUCAGGCUAGCUGACCUCAGACCUCCAGGAAAAGAAGGAACGACAUCUGUUCAGUUAUAAUCAUCCCCUUCCAACAUCCUGCAGAGGACCAGGGCCUGGUCCAAGCAGGGAGCCUGGAGCCAGAGGGAAUGGUUCCUGAGAACCGCAGACCCCCACCCCAGGAGUUGGUGACCUUCAAGGAUGUGGCUGUGGAUUUCAGCCCUGAGGAGUGGGGACUGUUGGACCCGGAUCAGAAAGAGCUGUAUAAGGAGGUCAUGCUGGAGAAUGCCGAGAACUUGCUCUCCCUGGGCUCACACCCAUUAUCUUCUCCCUCCCCAGGACUUCCAGUUCCCAGAGAAGAUUUCAUCUCCCAUGUGGAGACAGGAGGCCUGAGGAACUCCUGUCCUGAUGCAGAGAUGUGGUUUGAUAUAGAGAUGAGUGCAAACCUGAAAAUGAUCUCAUGGAAAGACCUCUUUCGAUAUAGUGAAUACAGGGCUGUUGUUGCUAAACAGAAAAGAAACCACAUUGGAGAGGAACAUUGUGAAUGGAAUACACACAAAAAAGCUUUAAGAAAGAGUUCCAGCGUUGCUAAAGAUAUGAAUAUACAUCCUGAAGAGAAAACACCUGAGUGUCAUGAAUAUGAUAAAGGUUUUUGUGUACUCUCUUCCCUUGUCAAGCAUCAGAGAAACCAUGCUGGAGAGAAACCUUAUGAAUGUAAGAAACAUGGAAAGACUUUGAGAGAGCGAUCUACUCCUGCUAAACAUGAGAGAAUUCAUGCAGAAAAACAAUCUUAUAAAUGUAAUCAAUGUGAAAAGGAUUUCCAAUGUUAUUCCAACUUGGCUCAACAUCAGAGAAUACACACUGGAGAGAAGCCUUAUUUAUGUAAUGAAUGUGGAAAGACUUUUACAUCUCACUCCAGUCUUGCUGUCCAUCAGAGAAUCCACACUGGAGAGAAGCCUUAUGAAUGUAAUGAAUGUGGAAAGGCUUUCAUCGAUCGUUCUAGUCUUGCUAAGCAUCAGAGAAUCCACACUGGAGAGAAGCCUUAUGAAUGUAAUAAAUGUAGAAAGACUUUCACACGGAGUUACACUCUUCGUGAACAUCAGAGAGUCCACACUGGAGAGAAGCCUUAUGAAUGUAAUGAAUGUGGAAAGGCUUUCACAAAGCUCUCCUAUCUUAAAGCACAUAAGAGAAUCCAUACUGGAGAGAAGCCUUAUGGAUGUAACAAAUGUGCAAAGACUUUCACAUCUCAUGCCAAUCUUGCUAACCAUCAGAGAAUGCACACUGGAGAGAAGCCUUAUGAAUGUAAUGAAUGUGGAAAGGCUUUCACAAAUCGCUGCAGUCUUGCUAAACAUCAGAGAAUCCACACUGGAGAAAAACCUUAUAAAUGUAAUGAAUGUGGAAAGGCUUUCAUACGGAGUUACAAUCUUUAUGAACAUCAGAGAAUCCACACUGGAGAGAAGCCUUUUGAAUGUUAUGACUGUGGAAAGGCUUUUACACAACGUUUCAAACUUGAUAUCCAUCAGAGAAUCCACACUGGAGAGAAACCUUAUGCAUGUAAUGACUGUGGAAAGACUUUUACACAACGCUCACAUGUUGCUAUGCAUCAGAGAACCCACACUGGAGAGAAGCCUUAUGAAUGUAAUUAUUGUGGAAAGGCGUUCACAAACCACUCCUACUUUGAUGCACAUCAGAGAAUCCACAUUGGAGAGAAGCCUAAUGAAUGUAAUGAAUGUGGAAAGGCUUUCAUAUAUCGCUCCAGUCUUACUGUCCAUCAGAGAAUGCACACUGGAGAGAAGCCUUAUGACUGUAAUAAAUGUGGAAAGGCUUUCACAAAGCGCUCCUCCCUUGAUGCACAUCAGAGAAUCCACACUGGAGAGAAGCCUUAUGAAUGUAAUGAAUGCAAAAAGGCUUUCACAAAGCGCUCCUCCCUUGAUGCACAUCAGAGAAUCCACACUGGAGAGAAGCCUUAUGAAUGCAAUGACUGUGGAAAGGCUUUUACUCAACGCUCUCAUGUUGCUAUUCAUCAGAGAAUUCACACUGGAGAGAAGCCUUAUGAAUGUAAUGAAUGUGGAAAGGCUUUCACAAGUCGCAGCAGUCUUACUUACCAUCAGACAAUCCGCACUGCAGAGGAGACUUAUAAAUGUAAGCAAUGUGGAAAGACUUUCAAAUACAAAAACUGUCUCAUAGAACAUGAUAAAAUCCACAUUGGGGAGAAGCUUUAUGAAUGUAGUGACUGCGGAAAGGUUUUCACACGGCGCAAAAGUCUUGGUAAACAUGAGAAAAUCCACAUUGGACAGAAACCUCAUGAAUAUGGGAAAUUUCAGGCAAAGUUCAAAUCUUGCUUAAAAACAGAGAGUGCACAUUAGAAAAAACAUUUCAAGGGUCUGGAUCAUGGUAAAGUUUUUAAUAUUUAUUAGUCCCUGACUUGAUAUGGAAGAUCCCAUACUAGAUGUAAAACCCCAUUCAUAUAAUCAAUGUGUAAAAACAUUCAGGCUCACUUCAUUCCUGAAUUACCUCCAGAAAAUUCCUAGAAGAUUCAAAUCAUGGAUAAAGGCAUAAAAAUGGAGGACAGAGCUUGUUAGUUAGCAGGGAUUUUCUGCUUGGGAACAAAUCUAUGGACUUGGCAUGGGAAGGUCUUUAUCCUGAUUCAUCUCCGAGUUUACAUUUGAGGAUAUGGAAUCAAGAGACAACUUACAAAUGUGUAAGGAAGAAUUGCCCUUACCUGGAAGAUAAAGGUCACUAUAAAUCACAGUAUUCACACUGCAAAGAAACAUUAUACAAAAUAUAUUUGCAGAAAGGCUUUCACUUGGAUCUCAUCCUUUGUAUAGAAAUCUUGCUGCAGAUAAAAUAUAUGAAAAUAAUGAAUGAGGGAAGGCCUCUUCCUACAGCACAGAUCUCAUUAGACAUUGCAAUUUUAUACUGUGUAUAAAGGUCAAAAAAUAGAUCAGAGUUUUUCUCUGAAAUCCCAUGAUUGGUAGCCAAAGAAGGGUCUUUGUAAUGGGGGAAACCAAUUGUUUUAAUCUCCUUUUUCAAUUAAUAAUGAUUAAGAGAUUUUUUUAUCUGACUUUAAAUUGUUUUUAUUAGUUAAUUUUCCUCUUCAUUCUCUUGUUUUUUCCUAAAUUCUUUGGCUUUCCAUCUGUGUGACAAGUAAUACGUUACAUAUUAUAAUUUUCUUUUAAAAUAGCUGUAAAUGUGUCUUAGGUCUCCAUUUUGACCUUAUCUUGCUAAAUUGUGUUAGAUGGGUUUGAGGGGAAGUGAGGUCUUUUCAGAAAGCUGACCCCCCAGAAGAGUGCCAUAGUUGGCUAUAGUUACAAAAAAACUCACCCCAUUGUAUCCUUGCUCAGUCUUGCACAAACCACUUUGUCACAUCAGCAAGCUUUGCAAUGUAUAGUUACUGUUCUUAAGUGGAAUGAGUUCCUAUGACACAUUGGGAUAUGUGUACCAUAUGAGUGAAAUAACAGUGUGAGAUAACAUAAAUUCUAAUCUUGUAUUUGCAAAUGUAAAAAGUAAAAACUUGGGGAUAAGAAUUUAGUAUUUGGUUUAAAAAUUUUUAAAGGAAAAUACACCAAUUAAAGGUAAGUUUUCAAAGAUUCUAAUUUCAAUUUUUCACAUUAAUUUUACACAAUCCAGAUGAAGAGUUCAUUUUCUAAGGGCACAUUUACAUCCUCUAGAAAUUAGUACAGUAUUAUUACAGUACUUAGAACAGUAUUUCUAAUAAAGUAUUUUCCCUAAAUUCCAAAAUGAGGAAAAUCAGAAUAAAAAUAAUUGCAUAAAUAAUGUUAGUGUUUUUGAAACAUGAGAGAAAAUUGCCAAAUUACAUGAAUUAAAUUGAUUAUCUUAGGAUUAUCUUAUGUCCCUGCCCAUCAAGCCCUAGCUGUGGGUAGAAGCCACAAAAAUUAACCCCAUGAAUGUUAAAUACUGACAAUCAAUGAGAGCAAAGAAAGGAUGAAUUCUAGAGUGAAUGAACAACAUGGCACAUGAAGUACACAAUCUUAUCUGAAUGAAAAAACUCCCUGAAAAUUGGAAUAUACCCAAUUAAAAUCAAUGAUCUUUGAGAAAAUGAAACAUAUCACAAAAAGAUCGAAUAUUGAAAAAUAUGAGAAAUUGUACAUCAACCAAACAAGAAAACAUAUCAAGGAGAAAAAAUAAUUAAGGAGAAGUGGAUUUCCUAAAAUCCAUAACCCAAAAAAGAGCUUACCCAUUAUAUUUUAAGAAAUUUUAAAACUGAGGCAGCUAGAUGUUGCAGUGAAUAGAGCACCAGCCCUGAAUUCAGGAUUUUAGUUCAAAUCUGCUCUUAGACACUUAACACUCCCUAACUCUGUGACCCUGGGCAAGUCACUUAACCCCAGUUGUCUCACCAAAAGAAAGAAAAAAGAAAAGAAAAUUAAAACUGCUAAGAUCUCUUACAACCAGAGUGCAAAACAGAUAUAAAAACAAACCACAGUUAUCUUUUGAAAUGCAACUGAUAUAAGCUUGGAAAGAGACUUAAAUUGGGUUUCUUUUGCCCUGAGAUGUUUGACAUUUUAUAACUGAAUGAGUUAAAGGCAUACACAGCCUUGAACAAAAUUGCAGAAGGAAAUAAUUAUAAUGUGUAGGUUUUUUUUCUUGAAAAAUUACAUUUAUAUUUGUGGUAUGUACGUGUAUUUAGGUGCUUAAGAAGAAGACAAGGGCAAAUAAGAUUUCAUAAGGCCAGAAAAUAGACCUACAUAUAAAAGGUGGAAUUCAAUACAAGCACGUAUAAACUCUUAUAGUUGUUUAAAACUGCAAUUUCACAAAUUUGAGAUUAGAGCUGAACAUAGACACCACUGAAAGAUACUGAUUUCUGAAAAAGAAAUUGGGAAUAAUUUGGAGAGCUAGUUCUGGACAUUUAGAAAAGGAGGACAUCAUACCAUAUGACUCACGAUGAAACAUAAUGCUAGUCUCCUGACAGAGACGAUGUUCCAGGGGUUUAAAUUGGAACAUAGUUUUUUUGGAAGUGGUUGUUGGAAGCAUUGGCUAUCCUUUACUACUCAUAUUUAUUCUGAGAACUUUAUUCUCUCUAUUCCAUUAAAGAAAAACUUUUAAUUAGUUGUAAAAACAAAAUACAAAUAAAAAAGAAAAGGAAGAUCAAAUUUCAAAGAGCCAGAAUAACUGUCAAGAAGAGGUCAUAGAAAAGUGAACUUAUUUGCUAAGUUGACAAGAUUACUAAAUAGGUAUAAAUUGAAUAAUCAAUUUCAUUUGCUAAGUAUUUACUAUGUGUCAGGCACUUCAAUAAACAUGGGUAUGUCCAAAUAAAGUAAAAACUGAAGUCACUGCCUUCAAGGAUCUCAUUCUCUAAUGUACUAUAAUUAAUGUGAAUAUUGCAAAGGGUUUUUUUUUUAAUUUUAGCAAAAGAAUCAGGAAAUUGUACAAGUAACAGGAAUAUGAAUUUUAAUCAAUUCUGAAGACUUUGAUACUCUGAUUAAUACAAUGAUUUACAAUUCCAAAGGAUUUAUGAUGAAAAAUAUAUCCACUUUCAAAAAGAAAACAGAAUCUCUGAGAGAUUUAUUUUCAUUUUCUUUUUAUUUUACACAACAUUCUGGAAUGAAUAAUUAAAAAAUUAAUUCUAGAUAUCUAGAAAAGACAAAUUAUUCCAAAUGACUUGCGAUGAAACAUACUACAUUUUUCUGACAGGGAAAUAAUGGACCUAGAGUAAAAACUUAGACAUAAUUAUGUUUGGAAAUGGCAAAUAGAGAUAUUUGUUUUCAGAGACCAUCAGUCUUAAAAGUUUUAAGUAUUCAAAUGUACCACAGGUCAAUUUAAUUUAACAGGAUGAAAUGGCAAGCAAAAAACUCUUGUGAGUCUGAGCCAUAGUAAAGAGUGCAUAACUGAAGAAUAAAGUGAUAUAUCCACA